UCGUUCCUGUCCCAACUCUCACUGGAAUGGGCAUCAGAAUGGGAACACAACUCCUUUUCACUUUGCUCUUAGGAGCUCUGUUCUGCAAUGCAGCUGACGCAAAGUUUAGCCGGUACAGCUUCCCCAAGGAUUUCAUCUUCGGCACAGGCUCAGCAGCUUAUCAGUACGAGGGCGCCUACCAAGAAGGGGGCAAAGGUCCUAGCAUAUGGGACACCUUUUCUCACAUUCCAGGCAAAAUUCUGAACAAUGAUACUGGCGAUGUAGCAAAUGACUUCUACCACAGAUACAAGGAGGAUGUGGACCUCCUCACCGACAUGAACAUGGAUGCCUUCCGGUUCUCCAUUGCCUGGACCAGAAUUCUGCCAAACGGGUCCUUGAGUGGAGGCAUAAACAAAGAAGGGGUGGCUUUCUACAACGGCCUGAUCGAUUAUGUCAUAGUCAAAGGGUUGAUCCCAUUUGUCACCAUCUUCCACUGGGACACGCCUCAGGCUCUGGAAAGCAAAUACGGUGGCUUCCUUAGUGAAAACAUUGUCAACGACUACCUGGACUUUGCGGAGGUUUGCUUCCGUGAGUUCGGCGACCGCGUGAAGUACUGGAGCACGUUCAACGAGCCCCUGACGUACAGCGCCUACGGCUACGCCAAGGGCAUCUUCGCGCCGGGGCGGUGCUCCCCGUACGUCUCCGCGUCGUGCGGCGCCGGCGACUCCGGCCGCGAGCCCUACACGGUGGCGCACCACAUCCACCUCUCCCACGCCGCCGCCGUCCAGCUCUACCGGACCAAGUACCAGCCGACGCAGAAGGGGCAGAUCGGCAUCGUGGUGGUGACCCACUGGUUCGUGCCGUACAACGAGACCGACGCCGGCGACCUCGGCGCCGUGCAGCGGAGCAUCGACUUCAUGCUGGGGUGGUUCCUGGACCCCAUCGUGCACGGCGACUACCCGGGCACCAUGCGCGGGUGGCUCGGCGACCGGCUGCCGUCGUUCACGCCGGAGCAGUCGGCGAUGGUGAAGGGCUCCUACGACUUCAUCGGCGUCAACUACUACACCACCUACUACGCUAAGAGCGCGCCGCCGCCGAGCUCCAACUUGCUCUCCUAUGAAGCCGACAGCCGCGCCAACACCACCGGCUUCCGCGACGGCAAACCCAUUGGUCCACAGGAGUUUACACCGAGCUUCUUCAACUACCCUCCGGGUCUCCGUGAGCUCCUGCUCUACACCAAGAGGAAGUACAAUAACCCUGUGAUGUACGUCACGGAAAAUGGCAUCGACGAGGGCAACAACAGCACGGUGCCGGAGGCGCUCAAGGACGGGCACAGGAUCGCGUUCCACUCCAAGCACCUGCAGUUCGUGAACCACGCCAUCAGGGACGGCGCGAGGGUGAAGGGGUACUUCACGUGGACGUUCAUGGACUGCUUCGAGUGGGGCGACGGCUACGCGGACCGCUUCGGCCUCGUCUUCGUCGACCGCCGGGACAACCUCAGGCGCCACCGCAAGCAGUCCAGCUACUGGAUCGCCGACUUCCUCAGGCGCCGCUGACGAUCGAGCGCUCCAUCGAUCGAUCGUCUCCACUGAUGCACUGAUCGGUGGUGAUCGAUCGAUGGCGUGGUUUAUUGUGCUGUGCUACUUUUACUGUGCACUUGUGCAUCACUGCUGGGUGAUUAUGAUCCAGUGUUGUGUUGAGCCAGAUGAAUAAGAAACAAUAAUGCUCCCUGUCGAGCAAUGUGUUAUGUGUAGACUACUCAAUGCGUGAGAA